AUGGCGAGUUUCACCGGUAUCACAGCUGUGGCUAACGCCACGACUGACAUGGCUAAUUUCAAGAAAGCUAUGAAGGACGUCGCCGCUCAUCCAGAAUGGCUCAGCUCCAGACACAUUGAGCGUCAACGCUGGAACCCAUACUCAAUGGAAGGAGGAUCCACAUGUGCCAUCUCUGGAGAGAACUUCGCUAUUGUGGCGAGUGACACGAGAAUGACCCAAAAUGACAUCAACAUUCUGACCCGUGAUGCUGAAAAGAUCCAUGUUUUGAAUGACUCCAUCAUUCUCACCACUUCUGGUUUCUAUGGUGAUGUGAUUCAAUUGAAAAAAGUUCUCCAAUCCCGGCUUCACAAGUAUCGUUUCGACUAUCGUUCCGAUAUGUCCGUCGAUCUCUGCGCAGAGCUUCUUUCCCGAAACCUGUAUUACCGUCGUUUCUUCCCAUACUACACUGGAGCAAUUCUCGCUGGUAUUGACGAGCACGGAAAAGGAGCCGUUUUCAGUUACGAUCCAAUCGGAUGUAUUGAACGACUCGGCUAUUCAGCAAGUGGAGCUGCAGAGCCAAUGAUCAUUCCCUUCCUGGAUUGCCAAAUUGGGCACGUUACUCUUGCCGAGGGAUACGAACGUCCACAGCUCACUCUGGAGAGAGCUAUCUCAUUGAUGAAGGAUUCGUUCAGAGGAGCUGCCGAGCGUGAAAUUUCCACCGGAGACAAGAUCCAUUUGGUUAUCGCUGAAGCUGGAAAGCCUGUCGUCCAGAAGUUCCUCCCACUCCGUGAAGAUUAA